AUGCAAACUCUACUGCAGCAGCUCAACAUGGCCGGAAUGGACCCCACUCGAGGUAUGGAAGCAUUGGGAAAUGCGGGCACAAACGGCAAUGCCCUGGGGCUUCUCAACGGACUGUUGUUACCGGGGGCGAUCGCAGUGCCAGAUCCGAGCUUCAUGUUCCCGAAUCUAUCGGCAGCCGGAACCAGUGGCAACCCAUUUUUGCCGAACAGGACUGGAGCAAGCAGUCAUAGCACAGAUGAUAAUGAAAUGGAUACGGAGAGCGUGAACGGAAAGCCCCAAUUGGAUUCCAAAUGCAUGUUGCAAGAAGUGCGUGUUACUUGGAAAUACAAUCGUAGUGUUGUUUACAAGAAGUUACUCUCAAGGAAAUGGCUGAAGUUACCGGAAUGUCAAAGGGCUGGCCACUUGUGCAACGGCUGCUGGCCCAUGGGUGUACGAAACUCAGGAAAAUCAUGUUUGGCAGCUCUUAUAGCUAAAAAUUCUGAUAUUCCGAAUAUCCAUGUAUACUCGCCGGAUGACUUCCUCCACAUGGACGAAGCAGCAAAAGUGGCGAAGUUGCAUGAAAUUUUCAAAGAACUCAGUCAAUUCCGUUCGUGCAUUUUGCUGCUCGAUGACUUAGAAAUGCUAAUUGGUAUAUUUUAA